AUGGCACCAUCUGUUACCAAUACCAAAGCUCACACAUUACACUUUUCCUACGACGAAGAUGACAACUGUGCCUUCACAACCCUCGUCAAUGAUGUCCGCUAUCAUGUCAUGGUUGACCCGAAAGAAUUGAAAAAGUCCCACGAGAAGCCAUUGUAUUACGAAUACCUUGAUAAGAUAUCAGCACUUCGUGAAGCAGAAGAAAGGGAAGAAGAGUUAGCUGAAGAGCAACAAGCCAGAGUUCAUCGUAGCAAGGCGAAAAGCAAAAGCAAGGGCAGGGAAGGCUCAGAGGGUUCAGAUGGUAAAGACAGUGGGGUUGACAUCACAGCAGACGGUGAUGACGAUGAGUAUGUGGAGGGCAAUGAGGAGGACGAGGACGAGGUUGGAGAAGACCUAGACCAAGAUUCAGCCAGUGCAGGCUUGGAGCUGCGAAACUGGAUACUUGGGUCACUUGCAGACAUCACGAAAACCGAUGCACCACCAAACCGAGAACCAGAGGAAUCCACAUUGUAUAAAUGGUAUCAUGGCCCAACAUACUUCUACAACAUGCAAAUCAAGAACGGCGAGCUAUCCCCUGAACUCCUUGAGACAACACCGGAGCUCGAAGCAAAAAUCGAAGCCCUCGUCCCUCGCCUCAAGAUGCCAAAAUACAUCCAAAACUACAACCUCCCCUGGCUCAACCCCAACGACCUAAUCGUGCAAUCCGAAGUCAGCAUGCCACCUCCCGCGCACCCAGGCCAAGUGGUCCACAAAAGCACCGGCACAGUAUACUUCUUCAAGCCCGUUGUCCCCUCACAACCCGACUCGGUCAAACGCGAAAUCCGAAUUCUCCGCAAGCUCGAAGCCCUAAAUCUCGACAUCAAAUUCCCCCACCUCCUCGGCUUCGUCUCCCUCGGCACCAGCAAAACCCAAGCAAUGGGCAUGCUGCUCCAAAACAUCCGCUACCCAACGCCCCUAACUAAGCUCCUGCGCUCCAGCGUCGACGCCGGUGCACGAGCAGAGUGGAGCCGCAAAUGCGAAGCUUAUAUCAAAACGCUGCAUGAGCAUGGGGUUGUGUGGGGGGAUGCGAAGGCGGAUAAUUUCAUGGUGGAUGCCGAGUCUGAGCUGUGGAUUAUUGAUUUUGGGGGUAGUUAUACGGAGGGGUGGGUUGAUCCGGAGAUCAGCGAGACGGUAGAGGGGGAUCGCAUGGGGUUGGAGAAGAUUCAGGUCGCGUUAAGGGAUCCUGAGGGGGGAACGGUGGAUGGGGUAAGGGAGACGGCGAGUACGUUGUUUGUUACGGAAAGGUCGGUGGGAGAAGAGGUUACGAGGGAGGAGAAGAGGAAGAGGGCGGAGAGCGAGGUUGGAGAGGGGAUGGUGGAGGAUGAGAGUGCGAGGAAGAGGAGGAAGAGUGAAACCCUGGCUUCAUAA